AAUCGCGGUAAUUUCAAUUCGACAAGUCUGGCGAUUUAUCAAAAAUAACCUUGAUUUGAUAAAAUUGUUAUUAGACUUAUCGAAAAGUAUAAGAACAUAUAAAGCGUUGAAUUAGAAUACUAAAUUAAAACUUUCAAAAGUCGCUAUCAUGUUACAACCUGUGAUGCAUGUUUUAAAACAGAAAAAUAUAAUCUUAGCGAGUGGAUCACCGAGGCGAAAAGAAUUAAUAGAAAAUAUUGGUCUGGCAGUUGGUCUUUGUCCAUCGCUCUUUGAAGAGAAUCUCGAUCCUAAAAACUACAAGAGCUUUACAGAAUUUGUUGAAGAAACAGCUUUGCAGAAAGUCCUAGAAGUAGAUAAUAGGUUAAGUUUGCAAGGUGACCCACCGGAUGUAGUUAUCGGUGCUGAUACAAUGGUUACACUUGAUGGAUCCAUGUUUGGCAAGCCAACAUCGGAGCAAGAAGCUUUUGACAUGCUAAAAAGUCUUUCAGGAAGAAGUCACACAGUGUACACGGGUGUGGUAGUGAAAGCUAAUGAUAAAAUAGUGAAAUUUACCGAAAAAACAGAUGUCAUAUUUGGAAAAUUGGAUGACGAACAGAUCAGAGGAUAUAUAGCUACUAAAGAACCUAUGGAUAAAGCUGGGGGCUAUGGUAUACAAGGCGUUGGAGGCACUUUUGUGGAAAGGAUAGAGGGCGACUAUUUCACAGUGGUCGGUUUACCACUGUAUAGGCUUUGUUCUGUACUCUAUAAUAUGUUUAAGGAGAAUAAAUAACUUUACAUAAAA